UCAAAUGGCGGCGAUUUCACUCAAUUUUCUGAAUUGCUCGGCAAUAUGCAAUCGUUUCAGUAUAUAAACCAUGCUAUUUCUCUGUUUUGUGAAUGUCCAAUUUUCAUUUAUUCAGCAAAAACACCCAAAUUAAUUGUGUGAAAUGUUCAUAAUGCCCACACCACAUGGCGUAGCUAUAAGGCGACCUAAAUAAUGUAAAUAGGACAAUUUUUGUUGACGAUUAAUUUCUGAGAUUAAAGAUGAAUUGUCUGGAUGAUCAUGAUGGGGAUCAUCAUCCGGAUGAUCAUCACUCAUCUAGUCAAGACCAGGCUGUCUCAUCUCUCACUGGAUUCUUGUUUGGUAAUAUUGAUAAGAAGGGAGAAUUGGAAGAAGAUUUUCUGGAUGAGGAAUCCAAGAGACAUCUGGGAUCGUUGAACUCAUUAGGUGGUUUACAGUCGAUGGUAAGGGAGAUAACUGAAGAAGCACAGCCUGGUUCUGAAAGUCAGUCUGAAGACACAGAUUAUGAUGCCAAGUCACCAACAGCUGUGGAUUUUUCUGAUAUAACUGAAUGCGUUGAAGAAUCAGCUGAAGAUAUCAGGAUUCGAGAAGCUAUGGGAGGAUUCUCCAUGCAUAAAGCAGAGGAUGAAGAUGAUUAUGAUGACGAAUCAUCUGAUAGGAAACUGAUGCCACCUCCAGCAUGGCUACCGCUACACAAUCAAUGUCCAACAGAUGGUUUAACACCUUCUCAUACUCUGGAUUCAUCUGGACAAAAAACGCCCAUAUCUUCUAAUGAUGACGGGUCACCGUCUAAAAACGCUCCACUCGCUAACAUGUUACCACCAGAAAUGAUGUCUGUAGAUGUCACCAAACUCUUUCCUGAAUUCAGACCAAAUCAGGUUUUGCGAUUUUCCCGUCUCUUCAAACCUCAUCAUGUACAUCACCUGUAUAAAAGAAAGAAGAAGAAAAAGGAAGAUGAGGCGAAGACUAAAACCGACGGAGCGCCAGACGAUGUUAAAAUAAAAGAAGAAAAGAAAGAGGAGGCUGUUAUUAAAGUUGAAGCAGAAGUUCCUACUGAUCAAGUUGUUCAAGAAACGACAACCAGUGAUGUUCAGAUUAAGGAAGAGCCACUGGAUGAAGAAGGUGGAAAGGAAUCUCAUCAUAGUCCUGAUAGCGGUAUAGAAGAAACGUGUGAUGACGAUUGGGACUUGAAGUUAAAUCUUGGUCGUCCAGCCUUACCUGAAGAAUGUGAAAGUGACGAUGAGGAAUUAAUGUUGAAAGCUACGGAAGCGAUAUCGUCUAGAAAUAAACAAGACGGGGGGAAGGAUGGUGAACAGUCAUACAAUCUGGCGCCAUGGCGAUACGGACCAGCUCAAUAUUGGUAUGAUAAAAUGGACGUAGAUGAAACUGGUGAAGGGUUCGACUAUGGUUUUAAACUGAAAGAGGAGAAAAAAGAAGUAGAUGAGGAAGAGAUAAAGCAAGAGAUAAAGGAAGAUCCAGAUAAACCCCAGAUGGAGUUUCCUGAUGAAGCUUUUCUCAUGAUAACACAGGUUCAGUGGGAAGAUGAUAUUAUAUGGAAUAGCGAGGAGGCGAAACAAAGAGUUUUACAGUCACAUAAAGCCAAGGCAGCGGCUGCUGGUUGGAUACCCAGUACUAAUAGUAGAACGGCAGUACAGUUCUCACAGUUGAAUCGUUAUCCUAAUGGAGGAUUAAUACAAAAAGCUGGUCCACUUGGUUCAAUGCAUAAAUCGUUCCUACCUGGACAAAAAGAAAUCGAUACUAAAGCAGAAACAUGGUAUUCUAUAUUUCCUAUUGAAAAUGAAGAUUUAGUUUAUGGGAAUUGGGAAGAUAACAUUAUCUGGGACCCAGAGAAUAUGGAUCGUAUACAGAGUCCACCUGUAUUAACAUUGGAUCCUAACGAUGAAAAUAUUAUAUUGUCAAUACCUGAAGACAGAGAUCCUAAUCAACCUGAUGAACCCGCUAAAAAAGAAAAGGAAUUAAAGAAGUCUAAGAUAUUGCUGGGUAAAGCAGGAAUCAUAAAAGAAGAAGAUGAAGAUAAAGAUGAGGAUGAGUUAUCUGUUCAGACUAAAGAUCCGUUCAAUCUAUCUAAUGAUGAAUAUUAUAAUCCUAAAAUAAUGGACAAUGCUUUACGUUCGAAUAUUGGUGGUGUUCUAAUACAGCAUUCAACACCAGCGGUAGAACUGAGGCAGCCAUAUUUCCCUACGCAUAUGAGUGCAGUUAAACUACGUCAAUUCCAUCGUCUACAUUUGAAGAAAUAUUCCCAUGGUGCAAUGGCUGAAGGUGGCAUACGACCAGUACUACCUCUACUUAAACAAAUUAAACGCAAAGCAAAGAUGAGAGAACAGGAGAGAUUAGCGUAUGGUGGUGGUGAAAUGUUCUUUAUGAGAACACCUCAAGAUCUUACGGCUAUGGAUGGGGAAAUCAUUCUCUGUGAAUUUUCUGAAGAGUAUCCACCAUUGAUGAUGCAAGUUGGCAUGGCAACCAAGAUAAAGAACUACUACAAAAGGAAACCUGGUAAAGAUUCCAAUCCUCCUCAGUUUCCAUAUGGAGAACUAGCGUAUGCUCAUACAUCCCCGUUCCUUGGAGCCAUACAGCCAGGUGUAUGUAUACAGGCACUUGAAAAUAACAUGUUCCGCGCUCCGAUAUAUGAACAUAACUUUCCUUCUACAGAUUUUCUAGUCAUCAGAAACAGACAAAAUUUUUAUAUCCGUGAAGUAGAUGGAUUAUAUUGUGUUGGUCAGGAAUGUCCUUUAUAUGAAGUACCUGGUCCUAAUUCUAAAAGAGCCAAUAAUUUUGUUAGAGAUUUCCUUCAGGUAUUUAUUUAUCGAUUAUUUUGGAAAAGUCGAGAUAAUCCUAAACGAAUUAAGAUGGAGGAUAUAAAGAGAGCAUAUCCAUCUCAUUCAGAAAGUAGUAUUAGAAAAAGAUUAAAACUUUGUGCAGAUUUUAAAAGAACAGGUAUGGAUAGCAAUUGGUGGGUUAUAAAACCAGACUUCAGAUUACCAACAGAAGAAGAAAUCCGAGCGAUGGUAUCACCUGAACAAUGUUGUUCUUAUUAUAGUUUGAUAGCUGCUGAACAAAGGUUAAAGGAUGCAGGUUAUGGAGAAAAGUCAAUGUUUGCACCAGAAGAAGAUAACGAGGAGGAAACUCAGAUGAAAAUAGAUGAUGAGAUCAGAACAGCUCCAUGGAAUACAACCCGAGCCUAUAUAUCGGCCGUAAAAGGUAAAUGUCUGCUCAAGUUAUCCGGGGUAGCUGAUCCGACAGGCUGCGGAGAAGGAUUCUCAUAUGUUAAAGUGCCCAAUAAACCCCAGCCUAAAGAAGCCGAAGCCAGGGACACUCCCGUUAAAAGAACGGUCACAGGUACAGAUGCUGAUUUAAGACGUCUGAAUUUGAAGGAUGCCAAAAAUAUGUUACGCAAGUUCGGACUGGCUGAAAGUGAUAUAAAGAAAUUAUCGCGAUGGGAGGUUAUAGAUGUUGUAAGAACGAUGUCAACACAACAAGCUAAAGCUGGAGCUGAAGCUGGUAUGAGUAAGUUCGCUAGAGGUAACAGAUUCUCUGUAGCUGAGCACAUGGAAAGAUAUAAAGAAGAAUGUCAAAGAAUAUUUGAUUUACAAAACAGAGUUCUAGCAUCAACAGAAGUUUUAUCAACCGAUGAUGAGUCCACAUCUGGUGAAGAUUCUGAUUUUGAAGAAAUGGGUAAAAAUAUUGAAAGUAUGUUAUCGAACAAGAAAACUAGUACUCAGUUAAGUAGAGAAAGAGAAGAGGCAGAAAGACGAGAGUUACGUCAGAUGGUGAUGGGAGGAUUCGAUCGUGAUAAGGAUAAAAAUAAAAAUGAUAAUAGAAAAAAUGAUGAUGAAGAUUCUAUGCAAGGAUUGGGUGGUGGUGGAUUAAAGUUAAAGAUAACACGAACAUUUAAAGACGAAACAGGGAAGGAAUAUACAAGAACGGAAAUAGUACGAAAACCUUUAGUUAUAGAAACCUACGCUCGAAUACGUCAGACUAAAGAUCCAAUGUUUAUAAAACAGUUUGCAGCUUUAGAUGAUCAACUGAAGGAUGAAAUGAGGAAAGAAAGAAGGAGGAUACAAGAACAGUUACGUCGAAUAAAACGUAAUCAAGAGAAACCACAGAUGCCUCAACCUCCACCUAAAAAAAAGAAAAAGAAAGAAAAUCUGUCCCUCAAGGUAAUGAAAUGUGGUGCAUGUGGUGCUAUGGGUCACAUGAGAACGAAUAAAGAAUGUCCGAUGUAUAACAAGACAGGUGGUUCCACAGCACCGGUACAGGUUGCCAUGACUGAAGAACAGGAAGAAGAAGAAGAGAAGAAUUUACCGAUUGCUGAUCAGGAACUUAUCAACGUAGAAGGAACCAAAAUUAAACUCUCUAAAAAUCUCCUGGUUCAUGCUGAAAGUUUAAAGAGGAAAUCUCUGUUAUUAAAAUUCCCCAAACAAAAUGUAGAGAGCAAGAAGAAGAGAAGAAUUGGAACAGUUAUACAUUGUGAUUAUCUAAAGAAACCGAAACAGUCAUCCAACAGAAGACGAACGGAUCCAUUAGUAACUUUAUCAACUAUAUUUGAAAGUGUACUUAAUGAACUUAGAGCUAUACCCAAUACCCAACCAUUUUUAUUUCCUGUAAAUCCAAAAGAAGUACCUGAUUAUUAUCGUGUUGUGAGAAAACCCAUGGAUUUACAGUCAAUUAGAGAGAAUGUGAGAAAUAAGAAAUAUCGAUCAAGAGAAGAUUUUUUAGCUGAUAUAAAUCAAAUUGUAGAGAACAGUAAAAUGUAUAAUGGUCCAAGACAUACGUUAACUGUGACAUCACAGAUGAUGGUAGAUCAUGUGUUAAAAAGAUACGCAGAGAAAGAACAGAAGUUGAUGAGAUUAGAGGCAGCCAUCAACCCAUUAUUAGACGCGAACGACCAGAAAGCUUUAUCUUAUAUCUUUACUCAUAUUGUAGACCAGAUUAAAACAGUUGAAAAUUCUUGGCCAUUCCAACACCCGGUCAACAAGAAACAGAUUAAAGAUUAUUAUGAAAUCGUCAAGAACCCAAUGGAUUUCGCAACCUUAGCAAAGAACUGUGAACGUCAUAAAUACCAUAAUCGUGAUGAAUUUAUUGAGGAUGUGGAGUUGAUCUACACGAAUAGUUUGACAUAUAAUGGUGCUAAUAGUACAUUCACUGCCGCUGGUCGCAAAAUUGUAGAAAUAGCAAAAAAUAAUAUUCAAGAGAGUGAUGAUCAUAUCAAUUCUUUAGAAACAGCUAUUAGAGGUCGUCAUGAAGCUCAGUUAGAAUAUGCUGAUACUGAUAGUGUUAUAACAGGAUCUCUUAAUCCGGAUGAUAGUAUGCUUGAUAAUGAGAGUAUGGAUGGUGAGAUGAGAGAUAUCGGAGAUGAUGAUUUUGGUGGACCAAGUACAUCAAGACAGGCUAGUGUGCAUGAGGAUUCUGAUUCUGAAUUUGUUGAUAUAGAAAAUGAGGAUAAUAAUAUAGAUAAUAACUAUAGUCAGGGUGAUAGUUCUAUGGCGGAGAAUGAUGAUGAAUUAGCUAAAGAUCUACAGAUGACCGAUAAUGAGGAAGAACCAAGUGAUCUGGGUGGUGAAUGGGAAGAAAAACAAGAUCCAUUAGGUAAACUAAGUGACAGUGAAGAGGAGAGUGGAGGGGAUGGUGAGGGACAACAAUAUUACGAGGAGACGGAAGAGAACCAGGAUUACGUGGUGGAAGAUCAACAAUAUUAUUCCGUGGACAAUGAGUUCUCUCAGCAACAAGUCUCUGAGGUUCAAGACUUUGACGAAAAUAGUUUUGAUCCUACAGAGUUCUUUAUGAACAGCGCCUUAGCUCAGCAAGCAGCCCAGGGUCAGGAACAAACCGAUAUCGGAGGCGAUCUCCAAGUUUCUGAAUCAGACAGUGAUGGCGAUGACUUUGAACCAAUUCCUACGCAAAAUCAGGCCACGGAAGGUUUUGAUUUGGACGAAUACAUGUGACCAUAAGGAGUGGUUAAUGUGAAUCAAUUACAAAUAGUAGCACAUUUAAUCAUAGUGUGAAAUGGUGGUUAAUUUAUUGAUGUGAAGUGUAAUUCUUAUAGGGUAUUGGUGAAGAAUGAAAGAUUAUAUUGGUGUGGCCUAAGCUUUAUAAGCCUUUAGGAGACCUGUUAAAAAGGCAAACUUUAAAGAAAGUGGUCCCGAAAGAAAGUGGUCCAUAAUCAGGACCUUGUCUCACCACAAAAAACCUAAAUCAUUUACAUAAUAGCAAUGUAUUUAAGAUAAAAAAAGAAUUGUGGAGCCCCUGCUGAAUGUGAGGUCUAUAUUAUGUUUUGCUUAUGCCUAAAUUGUCUGUGGAAACAGCUGUUAAAUUUAAAAUUGUAAACAUUCCCAAUAAAUUAAGAUGGCACCAUUGAAUGCCUUAGUCAUCAACAGUGCUAGAUGUAUAGACUAACUGCUGAACCUGUAUUAACACACUGAGAUUCUAGAUAUCCUGAUGUCUUUAACCCUAUAGUGAUUCGUGAACAUGGGGUUACAUCGGACAAAUCAUCAUUACUGUAUGAACUAACAAAGUCUAUGCUGGUUGAUAGUGUCCUGUUUAUCUGAACCUGGGUUGAAGGAAACUGCAAAGGUGCUUUCCUUUGAACAAAUUAUAUCCAGGAAAUAAUUAUUCUGUGAACUAACCAAGUCGACACUGGUUGAUAAUGUGUCUUUGUGAAACCUGUAAAAUUUAGGUAUCAUAUUGCUAAAGAUGCAUUAUGUAAGAUUAUGAAGCCAAAAUAAAGACCUACAAUAGGCAGAUUUAGCUCUUACAUGACGCAUCAUUAAUGUCGAUGAACUACUGCAUGGUUCAUGUGGAUCCAGGAACUACUGCACAGUUUACAAGGUUGUCAGCAAGGCUCUGGUUUAACUCAUAUUUGUCUGGGUGAAAUUGACUGGCUGCAAAAUUUAUCUGUCAGUCAAUUCUCAUGCCAUAAAAUUAGAAUUUCUCAGAAUUAAACUUUGAUAUAGAUUUCGUUAAUUACAUAAUAUAUCGAUACUGAUGUAAAUAUAUGUAUAAUAAAACAAAUAUAGUUUGUA